CGUCUCCGGUAGGAGGUCCGCGGGAGCUGCGCGGGUGCCCGCAUUCCGCCUGUCUGCGCACUUAGGCGUGUCUCUGUUUACACGCGCCGCGGAAAAGAGAAACACGCAAGAACACACACACGCACACACGACACGCACCGCCUGCGAUCCUGGACCGUUUUGUAGCCUUUCGCGCAGUAUGGCAGAGUUGCGCGUCCUUCUCGUGUUCCACUGCUUGCAUUUAUUUGAGUUGAAAUUAAUAACUUGCAAGACUAUAGGUGAAAUAAGAGUUAACGUACAAAGUAAAUUCUCUACAGAAUAAGUAUGAGUUAGUAUGUGUUGAACAAAGCUGCAGCAAUGGCCGGUUAGCUCAGUUGGUUAGAGCGUGGUGCUAAUAACGCCAAGGUCGCGGGUUCGAUCCCCGUACGGGCCAGCUUUUUUUCCCCCCACUUUUUAAUUAUAGAACUCUCUCUAAAAACAGUACUGCACUUACACUUACGUUAGAGGAAAUUUUAAACAAUUUGUGAUAAAAUCUUACACCCAUAAGGACACAGUUGCAGCCUAAGUGAACAGUUCAGAGAAGAAAAAUGAAGUGGAAAACAAUAAGGUAAAAACGUACUUUAAUUGAGAUUUACAUUUUUUAAAUGCGAUUUGCUAUAAACAGUAUUCGUACAUGCAUCGGAGGCACAUUACAGGAACUCAUUCUAGUACUGAACGGAAUAUACAGUUUGUCCCACUUCGCUACCCGUCCGGAAUACGUUUGUAAAACUUUAUUAACAACACAACUUAGGACAAACACGUUUUAAAUGAGUCUCUUUUUUUUUUCCCCCCCUGGUAGCUGUUAAGUUAUCAGCUAAUUAAUGGAGCGGUUUUUGCUUUGUUACUCUCUUUAAAAAAAAAAAAAAAAAAAAAAAAAAACACUAGUUUAAAUUAUUUAAAAAUGCACUGACUUCAGUUCGCUCUGCUUGCCAGAAUAACCGCGUUGUUUAUGUUAUGUGCGAAGCAGAGGCAGGGCCUGGGUUCGCGACGAGCAACCGUCGCGUGUCUGUUUUUGCCUCAGACUCAAAAAUGACAUGGUAUUAAACCGUGACCCCUUUCUGUAACGAUCUGUUUGGAAGCGGCGAGCUGCCCAUGGCAGGAAAUAUCAAGGACAAAGAAGCCUUUCAACGGCUGAACUUUCUCUAUCAGGCUGCGCACUGUGUCCUCCAGCAGAACCCGGCGGAGAAUGUGGAGUUGGCGCGUUUCUACUGCUUCACACAGAAGACCGUGUCCAAGCGCCUGGUCCUCAGACAGGAUCCAUCUGUGAAAAGAACAAUAUGUAAGAAGUGCUGUUCCCUGCUGGUGCCCGGUGUCACCGCCACUGUGAGACAGAGGCGGUGCAGUCGGAGGCGUCGGGUGACUGUAGUCCGUUGCCUCAGUUGUGGGCAGACCAAGAGGUUCCUCAACAACCCUGAGCACCGACUGUGGGUGGAUCAGCCUGAGGCCCAGCUGGAGAACCAGCCCCAGCCAGAGCAAAGAACACCAGACAAAGUUGCCCAGAAAGGGGCGCUUCCUAAAGGGCCAUCUGCCUCCAAGAGUGUCCUGCCUCCAUCAGGGCCCAGGGCUGCAGCAGAGUCAUCUUGUUCCUGAAAGGGUCCCUAAAACCCCCAUUUCAAGUGCUGGACCUCGUGACAGCACAGCGUGAACCAGUUUUGACUCUUAAUGUACAGUACAUGAUACCACGGGCGUGACGUUAACAGUAUGAUGCGAUUGCUGUCAGUCAUGGGAAUCCUGCUAUUUGGGUGCCGUGAAGUGCAGGAAAAGUUCUCUAUCAUAUCUUAGAAUUAAUGGUAAACGGGCACAAGUGAAGUUCAUCUUUGUGACAUUGGGAAAUAACUUCUUUAUUAAUUGUGUAGUUUAUUUCUGCUACCUCAGUUCAAAGUGCUGUGAAGUUUUUUACCUUUACAUAGUUUUUUGUGGGUUUUAUUUUAUCUUUACUAAAUACAUUCUGCUAUUGUUCCUUGGUGACACUUGAACUCUGCCACUGUAUGUAUAAUCUCUGCAGGUGGGAUAAUCAAUAUUUCCAGCAUAAAUUGAGUAUUUAA